AUGCUCUCUUUACGUAAUCGUGUCGUUCGGCUUCUUUUAUUACCACCCCCUUUACACCGUUACUUUCUCCUUUUUCAUGCCUACCCCUUCUCUCUGUUUAUGUCUCCUUUUUAUGUUCACUCUCUCUCUCAUUAUCUCGUCCUCUUUUUUUUUUCAUGCCUAUCUUCCGUUUCUUACUUUUUACGCCUGCACAUUUUCUCUCUUUCUUUCUCCUGUAUUAUGCUUACCGUUUCUCGCUUUUUCUUUCUCCUUUUUUUUUUUUACAUGACGCCACCGCACCUCUGGUUGUCUCUUCAUCUCUCUGUUUAUUUCUUUUUUGCAUGUUUUGUUCCACUCUCUGCCUCUUUCUCUUUUUCCAUACCUCCAUCCACUUUCUGUUUCUUUUUUAUGCCUUGUCCCUAUUUCUGUGUUUCUUUCAUCUUUCCAUCCUCUUUCUGUUUCUUUUUUGUCACGUCUCUCUCCUUCUUUCAUCCUUCAAUCCUCUUUCUGUUUCUUUUUUGUCUUCUCUCUCUCUCUCAUCCUUCCAUAUUCUUUUUGUUUCUUUUUUGUCUUCUCUCUCUCUCUCUCUUUCAUACUUCCAUCCUCUUUCUCUUUCUUUUUUGUCUCCUCUCUCUCUCUCUCUCACUUUCAUCCUUCCAUCAUCUUUCUGUUUCUUUUUUGUCUUCUCUCUCUCUCCUUCUUUCAUCCUCCCAUCCUCUUUCUGUUUCUUUUUUGUCUUCUCUCUCUCUCUUUCAUCCUUCCAUAUUCUUUUUGUUUCUUUUUUGUCUUCUCUCUCUCUCUCUCUUUCAUACUUCCAUCCUCUUUCUCUUUCUUUUUUGUCUCCUCUUUCUCUCUCUCUCUCUCUCUCUCACUUUCAUCCUUCCAUCAUCUUUCUAUUUCUUUUUUGUCUCGCCUUCUCCUGCUUUAAUCCUUCCAUCAUCUUUCUGUUUCUUUUUUGUCUUCUCUCUCUAUCUCUUUCAUCCUUCCAUCCUAUUUCUGUUUCUUUUUUGUCUUUUCUCUCUCUCUCUUUCAUCCUUCCAUCAUCUUUCUGUUUCUUUUUUGUCUUGUCUCGCUCUCUCUCUCUCUCUCUAUUUGAUCCUUCCAUCCACUUUCUGUUUCGUUUUUGUCUUGUCUCUCUCUCUCUUUCAUACUGCCAUCUUCUUUCUGUUUCUUUUUCAAGCCAUACCCCUCUCUCUGUGUCUCUUUCAUAUAUCCAUGCACUUUCUGUUUUUAAUGCCUUGCCCCUCUCUCUGUGUCUCAUACAUUUUCUUUUUGUUUUUUUACGUCUUGUCCCCAUCUCUGUGUCUCUUUCAUACUUACAUCCUAAUUCUGUUUCUUUUUUAUACCUUGUCCAUUUCUCUGUGCCUGUUCCAUCCAUCAUCCACUUUCUGUUUCUUUUUCAUGCUUUAUCCCUCUCUCUCUCUCUCUUUCUCCUUCUCUUUCUCUCUCUCUGUCUUUUUCAUACUUCCAUACUUUUCUUGUUUCUUUCUACUUUUCAUUCCUUGUCUCUUUCUCAUCUCUUUCUCUGUCUUUCCACGUCUCUCUUUCUCUCUCUCUCUUUCUCUCUUUCCCACGUCUUUGUCCCUAUCUAACCUUAAUUCUCCUCUUCGUUUGGGACUUGAAGCAAAUCUGUCAUUGUGUACGAAAACGGAGAGGCAUUCACUCAGAAAAGAUCUCAACGCUUGA